AUGCUAAGGAAUGAGAGACCAGAAAAUAGAUUCCACGCUAUCUUCUUGGAGAUGGAGGAAAGCUUAUAGAAAGAACAAUUGCAAUGGUCUCCACUCUUCAGAUCCUCUAUUUGUUCUUCUCUGUAACUCAGUGAGUCAUCAUGGGGACAGCCAGGAAUGAUAAGACUGUACUAAAACUUCCAGUCCUUGAGAAAUGUAAGACUCCGAAAGACUAUGACCAUCCUGACGUUCUGCGUCACACCUUUGAGACUCUAUCUAACCUUCACAAGCUGCUUCCAAAUCAUCUGAUGGAGCUGUUGUAUUCCUACAAGAGUGAGGAGGACCGAGAAAAAUGUGAGAAGAAUUCUGAACUCUCUGGCUUAGAAAGGAUCUUAGCAAGACAUAAGUUUCCAAAAGAGAUUAAUCUGACCCCAAAGCCAAGCAAUAUGCCCCUGUGGAAAAGAAAAGCUGUCAACAAUGUAAGUCAUGGGUGGAAGAAAUGCUACUUGUGGAAUAAAAACACGAAGGACCCUCCAUUGUCAACCAUAGUUGUCCGGUGGCUGAAUAAGAACAUGCAACCUAGUGAAGAUCUGGAGUCGAUAACCGAGAGGCUGUCAGUGUUUGGACCAAUUCAGUCAGUUACCCUUUGUGGCCGGCAAAGUGCUGUAGUGGUGUUUGAAGACACGAUUUCAGCUUGUAAUGCUGUGAAUGCUUUGCAAAGCAGGAUCCCAGGCACAAUGUUUCAGUGCUCCUGGCAACAACGAUUCAUGUCAAAAGAUAAAGCUUAUUCAAGAAACCAUACUAAGAAAUCACAGCCUAAGGAACAUAAGCAGGAAACUGGAAAAAAAUGCCGACCUUACAUAUGGGGCCACAAGCAAGUACAUACAAAGCCGACAAUAAGCAGCAUUUAACUUAUUUAUAAGCAUUAUUUCCAAGACGGAUUAAUUAGAAAAAAACCCAGAAUUUGACCAAUUGAAAUAACAUAAAUUAGAAAGGAAUGGACCCUGCAGAUAUAUUUGCGUGUCAGCUGAAAGGCGUACAUCCAAGGAUACUCACUGCAGCAUCCUUUUAACAGCAAAAGAGAGUGAGUACAACCUACGUGCUCAUCAACAGCGGGAUGACGAACUCAAUCGUGGAAUCAAAAAAAUGUAAUACUUUGUAGUCCUGAAGAGAACAACUUAGAUGGAAACAAUUUUUCAGGACAUGUUGUUAAGGAAGGAAGGAAAGUUGCAGUGCCUUUUGGGCAUGUAGGACCCACCUGAAGCUCACAAAUUCUAAAUAAUGAAUACAAGUUUUGUAUGAAGAAGUAUCCACAAUUACUGAUCUUCCUGCACAAAUCAAACGAGAUAUCAGAAAAAUAGGAAUGAUGUGGAAACACUAUAGCUUUUGAGUGAAAGAGAGAAAGAAAAGAAAAGCAGGACAAACCUCCAGGGUAGCUAAUGUUACCUGAAGGUUGACUGCAUUCUUUUUGCUGGGCCGGUUCAACAUGAUCUUUGUGAUGCCGUCUUCAGAGGUCACCACCAGGGUUUCAUAUCUCAGUUGUUCCCUGUCUGCUCCAGGCUUCCCUUGGCUAGAGGACUCAGAUGAAGAACACAAACUGGACACUAAAUCCACAUAAUUCUGCCUGGCAGUUUCCUGAAGAGAAGAUGACAAAUCGCUUCAGCCAAUGGUCAACGGACAAGUAUCUUAAGAAACCUCCUAUGCUAAUAAAUAGCACCUUGCAAUGAAGAGAGAACAGAGGUUCUGAUUCAGCAGAGGCACCUCAAGAUCCUGAAGGCUCCAGUUAUCAUCACUUGAUAACGAGAAGCACCCAACGUCCUUUACGAGUACAGCCAGUAAAACAAACUCAAAGUAACAAGUAAAUUUACCUUGGGCAGGUUGCCAAGAGUAUUCCAUGCUUCCCAUUUGGCCUUCCUGAUCAA